AUGAGUUCGCGGAACGCAAGCCCAGCGCCUUCGAAGACAAAGGUGACGGUACAAGGCGGCGUGGCAGGCAAGGGCGCGAGCAGUACGCUUGAAGAUCUUGACGCAGCUAUCCGCGCCCUCGAAUUCCAAACCAAUCCAACUCUCUCCACCACCUCCUCUUCGUCUUCUUCCUCCGCCGAUCGCACCUGCACCUGCAACGCAACCCGUCACCCUCUCUCCACCGUAGCCCCCAACUGCCUCAACUGCGGCAAAAUAAUUUGCCUGAAAGAGGGUAUCGGACCCUGCACGUUCUGCUCCACCCCGCUCCUCUCCUCCGCGCAAAUCGUCGACAUGCUUGACUCCCUGAAACAGGAGCGCGGGGCCGAGAGGAUGAGGGUGAAUAAUGCAGGGCACGCGCGCCCUGCCACCACCACCAUCGCUAGCUCUUCCUCCACUCUUGCCCCUGCACACUCAUCCUCGUCUUCCGCUGCAGCAGGGGUAGGGAAGGCAGAUGAAACGCUCAACAAAGCCGAAGAGCAUCGAAAUCGUUUAUUGGCUUUUCAGCGGGAAAAUGCGAAGAGGACGACUGUGCAUGAUGAGGCGGCUGAUUAUGAGACCACAACGAGUUCGUGGGCGUCCCCCGCGGAGCGGGCGAGGCAAUUGCAACGACAAUUGAAGGUUAAGAGGGAGCAGGACUGGGCGGCACGGCCGGAGUGGGAGAAGAGGGGGAAGGUGCUGAGUAUUAAUUUGGGGAAGGGGGGAAGGUCAGUAGGACUGUGGGGGUGGAGAUGGGGGCGAGGGAUAUGGGGAAAGAAGACGAAGGCCUUGAGGAGGGAGAAGUGGUGGAGGAGGAUGGGGGAGGAGGGGGAACGGGGCACGGGUUGGGACAUAAUCCGCUCAUGGGCGCGGGCAUGA